AUGAGUAAUCUGAUUAGUAAAGAUCAAACAGCAGCGACGUGGAAAUUUCUAUUUUCAUUGCAAUUCAUGCUCGACUUGCACCGUCUAGAAAUUUCACUUUUACUUUUAACGUUGGCAUCUGCGCUCACUUCCGGUCAACAACAUCAUGGCAGACAAUUCCAAAUUCGUGCUCAAGAACCUAGAAAGUCUGAUAAAGAUUCUGACCAUUCAGCAGCAACCCUUCAUCAGCAAUUAAGAGCACAACAGCUCAUACAACAACAAUAUCAACAACCAACUGCAUCAUCAGCCAGCUAUGAAUAUAGUGAUGAAGAAGAAGAUAAUGUUCCGAUUCGUGCCUAUCAAAGACAAUCUGUAACUCAACAACGCCAGCAUCAGCAGCAACAACAUCAAACAUAUCCUCAACAAAACAAGAAACAAUUAACAAAGAAACAAAGAGAACAACUUGAAGAAGAAUUAGAAGAAGAAGAGCCAGAUCAUUUAGCGAUACUUUUGGGAAAAUCUCAGUUUUCAUGUAAUUCAAGAACAACUGGAUAUUAUGCUGAUGAUACUGUUGGUUGCCAAGUUUUCCACUACUGCCAAGAAAACACAAAACAUUCAUGGAUAUGCCCUGAAGGUGCAACGUUUCACCAAGUUCAUCUUAUUUGUAUGCCACCUUCUGAAGAAAACAUUUGCGAACAGUCGGCAAAAUAUCAUUUUGUAAAUGACUAUCUUUACAAACCAAUAAACAUGGAAGAACAUCAAUCAAAACCCAACGUGUCCUUAAGAUACCACGAUCGUUAUUUCCCUGAGAGUUUCUUCACAGACGACCGACAUGAUUACGACGAAGAACGAGAACGUGCACCAGUUAGACAUCAACCAAAACCUGUAAUUCGUACUCAACAGCACCAGCAACAAUCGGGCUAUCGACAACAACAGAAUGCAUAUCGCACACCUGAAGAAAUUAACAUUUCUCUCUCACAACGUCGUCCAUAUUUUGCUCAGACAACUUCAACACCACACCACGAUGAAGAAGAUGAUGAAUAUAGCUACGAAAAAUAAGUUAAAUAUGCAUAAGCAUUAGCUUCGGAGUUUAUUUCUAUGAAUUAAUUCCUACAAAGUAGCAUCUCCCCUGGCAAAUAUUUGCUGUAAACAAAGCGUGAAAUUAUUCAAUUUUUAAAAAGCUUCUUCUUGUAACAACUUAACAACAACUGCAGGAUAUGCUUGUCUCAUCAUUCCCUCAUCAUUGUCGUUAUUUUCUCAUUUUCAUGCAAAUUCAUUUAAAUUGUUUAACAUGUUAUUUUAUAAUGAAAAAAAAUAAUAAGAAAAGAAAGACAAAUUCUAUCUUUCUUCCUUUCUUUUUUUUUGCUGUCAACCUUUUGUUCAAAAAUGCACUCAAGCUUUCCUUUGACGAAUAUAUUAACGUUGAAAUAAUUUCAAUGAGUAUGAAAUUUACGAAAUUGUUUCUUUAUAAUUGUUAGAUGUUUGUUUUAUAUUUUUUUAUUAUUAUUUUGUCAUCAAACAAUUCAACGG